UCUAGCAUUGGAGUAUGAAAGCGAGGCCGUGCUCUCUCAGGUGAAUCUUGCCGGGUGAACAGGCGAGAGGACCCCGUUAGACAUACCGGGCAAACAUGGCCUCUGUUCUCCAGUCAGAUCACGAGAAACGCAAGCAGAUCAGCGUUCGAGGGAUCGCCCAGGUCGAGAACGUCACCAACUUCAAGAAGGCGUUCAACCGUCACCUUCAUUUUACCUUGGUCAAGGAUCGAAAUGUGGCGACUCCCAGAGAUUACUUUUUCGCCUUGGCUCACACGGUUCGGGAUAACCUUGUGGGUCGGUGGAUCCGAACCCAGCAGUAUUACUACGAGAAGGACCCCAAGCGUAUCUACUACCUGUCCCUGGAGUACUACAUGGGGCGAGCCCUCUGCAAUACCAUGAUCAACCUGGGCAUCCAGGGGGCCUGCGACGAGGCUAUGUAUCAGGUUGGACUGGAUAUAGAAGAACUACAGGAGAUAGAGGAAGAUGCAGGACUGGGCAAUGGUGGUCUGGGCAGACUUGCAGCUUGUUUCCUGGACUCCAUGGCCACCCUGGGACUGGCUGCGUACGGUUACGGGAUCCGAUACGACUACGGAAUCUUCACUCAGAAGAUUCAAGAUGGCUGGCAGCUGGAGGAGCCGGAUGAUUGGCUGCGGCACGGGAACCCCUGGGAGAAGGCGCGGCCGGAGUACAUGAUCCCCAUUCAUUUCUUUGGCAAGGUGGAAACUGACGGCAACAAGAAACACAAAUGGGUCAACACGCAGAUGGUGUAUGCCAUGCCGUAUGACAGUCCCAUCCCUGGGUAUGGUAACAACACUGUCAACACCAUGAGGCUGUGGUCCGCAAAGGCGCCCAAGAACUUUGACCUCAAGUUCUUUAACGAUGGUGAGUACAUCCAGGCUGUGUGUGACAGGAACCUGGCUGAGAACAUCUCCCGUGUACUGUACCCCAAUGACAACAUGUUUGAAGGGAAAGAGCUGCGUCUGAAGCAGGAGUACUUCAUGGUGGCUGCCACUCUACAGGACAUCAUCCGGCGCUACAAGUCCUCCAAGUUUGGCUGCCGGGAUCCCGUCAGGACUAACUUUGAGGCUUUCCCGGAGAAGGAGGAGGGUAUCUGUAGUCCCCUUGAACAGCUUCAUGAGAAGGUUGCCAUCCAGCUGAAUGACACCCACCCUGCCCUGGCCAUCCCUGAACUGAUGAGAAUCCUGGUGGAUAUAGAAGAGAUGCCGUGGGACAAGGCGUUUGAGAUCACCCAGAGGGCCUGUGCGUACACCAACCACACGCUGCUGCCCGAGGCACUGGAGCGCUGGCCCAUCCACAUGUUCGAAUACCUGCUGCCCCGCCAUCUCCAGAUCAUCUACGACAUCAACGCCAAGCACAUGGAGAGAGUUGCCAGUCUAUGGCCAGGUGACUUUGAUCGCAUGAGGAGGAUGUCUAUAAUAGAGGAAGGCCAUGUGAAGAACAUCAACAUGGCACACCUGUGUAUCGUGGGUUCUCACGCCGUCAACGGGGUGGCAGCUAUCCACUCCAGCCUGCUGCAGAAGGGAUUGUUUAAGGACUUUUUUGAGAUGGACCCUCACAAGUUCCAGAACAAGACAAACGGCAUCACCCCCCGCCGCUGGCUGCUGCUGUGUAACCCCAACCUGGCUGAUCUCAUCGCUGAGAAACUUGGGGAGACGUGGGUGACCAAGCUGGAUGAACUGAGGGGUCUGGAGAAGUAUGCGAAUGACCAGAAGUUCCUCCUGGCUGUGGCCAAGGUCAAACAGGAGAACAAGAUGAAGUUUGCCCAGUAUCUGGAGUCCACCACAGGCAUGCGGAUCGACCCGUCCGCCAUGUUUGACGUGCAGGUGAAGAGAAUCCACGAGUACAAGCGACAGCUGCUCAACAUCCUCCAUAUCGUUACUAUGUACAAUCGCAUGAAGAGAAACCCCAACAUGGACUUCACUCCACGUGUAGUGAUGAUUGGUGGAAAGGCAGCACCAGGGUACCACAUGGCCAAACAGCUCAUCAAACUGUACAACAACGUCGGCCGCGUGGUCAACAACGACCCCAUCGUGGGGAACCGGCUGAAGGUGGUGUUCCUGGAGAACUACAGGGUGUCUCUGGCCGAGAAGGUCAUCCCUGCAGCUGAUCUGUCAGAGCAGAUCUCCACUGCAGGGACUGAGGCCUCUGGAACUGGGAACAUGAAGUUUAUGCUGAAUGGUGCUCUGACUAUCGGCACGUUGGACGGAGCCAAUGUUGAGAUGGCAGAAGAGAUGGGGAACGACAACAUCUUCAUCUUUGGUAUGACAGUUGAUGAGGUGGACGAACUGGUCAAGAAGGGCUACAAGCCCCGUGAGUACUAUGAGAAGAAUGAAGAACUGAGGCAAGCCCUGGACCUGAUCCGGGGAGGAUUCUUCUCUCCAGAGAAACCAGAUCUCUUCCAUGAUGUCGUGGACGCCCUGCUGAACCAUGACCGAUUCUGUCUCUUGGCUGACUAUGGGGCCUACAUCGAAUGCCAAGAUAAAGUCAGUGAACUGUACAAGGAUCCGAUGGCGUGGACAAAGAAGAGCGUGAUGAACAUCGCGGCCUCUGGGAAGUUCUCCAGUGACAGAACGAUAGAGCAGUACGCCAGGGAAAUCUGGGGUGUGGAACCUUCCGACUUUGUCAUCCCUCCGCCGUACGAGGAUCCCUGUCGAGGCAAUGAGGAAGCUGCUGCUAAAUAAGAACCUUUCUUUACAACAGUACAGAAGAGUCAACUGUUAGAUACAGCAGAAACAAAAUAUAACAUCCUGAAAUAGCAAGAAGACAGAAAUGUUGUGACUAUAUCAAUGUCUUUCUCAGAAACAAAGAUUACUCAAGUGAUUAAAGUAAAAUCAUCUUACACUCGUAGCAGACAUAUGCUAGUUAGGUCAGAGAGAUAGGAUAUGCCAAAUAUUUGUUGACAUAUGAUUACUUGACAGCCUUAAAAGGAUGCAUGUCUUGAGAUUUCAGUAAUUGUGAAUGAAUUUUGUGUGUUAACAAGGUAUACUGUGUAUAGUGUCGAUAUUUUUCCCUUUCAGUAUUGCAGGGAAUGGUCAUGUUUCUUUUACUCUCUGGCAGGGAUAUCCAACACUUUCUUUUUCUGUUUGCCGUAUUGUAUAAGUAGUAAAGUAUAACAACUAGAAUGGUGGACUUUGCUUUUAAAUUAAGAAAGAGAUCUUCAUGUACAUGUACAUGGCCUAUUUCAUACCAUGACUUUAUUGUCAAUACUUGAAAGAUGUGGUAUAAAUAAAAACAGCUAUACAAAUGUUCCAAAAUCACAAAUUGUAAUGUCAGAUGAAUCCUUCUGAUUCUAGUCUUUAAAGGCUUGUUUUGUGAGCAUGUCUGUAUAAGUGCUGGAUUGGCAUGCUAGCAGAGAAUGUAGUUACACAGCCUGUAGUAUAAUGUCUAGAUGACAUUGAAAAAAGAGGGUCUUGGUGCUCAAAAUGUUGCAAAGCAACUGCAAUUUUUGAAAUACCUUCUGUUAAGGUGAAUUCUAAAUUCUAAAUAAAGAUUAUUAAAAGACAGGUAAUAAUUCGAGACCAGUGACUUGGAAGAAGCUUCAGCAUAUUGGUGGGAUACUGUAACUGUAGACACAAUGCUUCAUGUACCUUGUAUCACAAGAGAAGAGGGAUUUGUAAAUUGUAUGUUACCGGUACUGUCACUGAAUGGGUGCUAUAAUGACUGUAGUGAACUAGACAUUUGUUGAUCUAGCAAUAAAACAAGAAAUCAA